GGUGGCGGGAGGCUGGCUGGGGGUGCAGGGGUGUGGAGGGAACCCAGGGUGUGUUGGGGGGUGCUGGGUGGGAAACAUCAGAGGAUGGAUUCUGGAUGUCAGGCCUCGGAGGGGAUGGAGGAAAGAAGAAAGGUCUCGGCCGGGCAUGGUGGCCCACGCCUGUAAUUUCAGCACGUUGGGAGGCUGGGGUGGGUGGAUUGCCUGAGCUCAGGAGUUUGAGAGAAGCCUGGGCAACACGGUGAAACCCCGUUUCUGCUAAAAUACAAAAAAUUAGCCGGGUGUGGUGGCGUGCACCUGUCGUCCCAGCUACUCGAGAGGCUGAGGCAGGAGAACCGCUUGAACCCGGGAGGCAGAGGUUGCAGUAAGCUGAGAUCACGCCACUGCAGUCCCGCCUGGGGACACAGCGAGACUCCGUCUCAAAAAAAAAAAAAAAAAAAAGAAAAGAAAGAAAAGAAAAGAAAGAAAGAAGAAGGGUCUCCAUGAUGGAGCUGUCAGUCAGAUAGGAGUAAAGAGAUGGACCCCUCAUUCCUGCUCUAGUCCUGGUGAGCUCCCACCUCAGCCCCAGCCUCAGGCUUGACUCAGUCCCAGGUCCAGCGCCAGCCCUAUCAUGACCAAGGAGUAUCAAGACCUUCAGCAUCUGGACAAUGAGGAGAGUGACCACCAUCAGCUCAGAAAAGGGCCACCUCCUUCUCAGCCCCUCCUGCAGCGUCUCUGCUCCGGACCUCGCCUCCUCCUGCUCUCCCUGGGCCUCAGCCUCCUGCUGCUGGUGGUUGUCUGUGUGAUCGGAUCCCAAAACUCCCAGCUGCAGAAGGAGCUGCGGGGCCUGAGAGAGACGUUCAGCAACUUCACAGCGAGCACCGAGGCCCAGGUCAAGGGCUUGAGCACCCAGGGAGGCAAUGUGGGAAGAAAGAUGAAGUCUCUGGAGUCCCAGCUGGAGAAACAGCAGAAGGACCUGAGUGAAGAUCACUCCAGCCUGCUGCUCCACGUGAAGCAGUUCGUGUCUGACCUGCGGAGCCUGAGGUGUCAGAUGGCGGCGCUCCAGGGCAAUGGCUCAGAAAGGGCCUGCUGCCCGGUCAACUGGGUGGAGCACGAGCGCAGCUGCUACUGGUUCUCUCGCUCCGGGAAGGCCUGGGCCGACGCCGACAACUACUGCCGGCUGGAGGACGCGCACCUGGUGGUGGUCACGUCCUGGGAGGAGCAGAAAUUUGUCCAGCACCACACAGGCCCUGUGAACACCUGGAUGGGCCUCCACGACCAAAACGGGCCCUGGAAGUGGGUGGAUGGGACGGACUACGAGACGGGCUUCAAGAACUGGAGGCCGGAGCAGCCGGACGACUGGUACGGCCACGGUCUCGGAGGAGGCGAGGACUGUGCCCACUUCACGGACGACGGCCGCUGGAACGACGACGUCUGCCAGAGGCCCUACCGCUGGGUCUGCGAGACAGAGCUGGACAAGGCCAGCCAGGAGCCACCUCUCCUUUAAUUUAUUUCUUCAAUGCCUCGACCUGCCGCAGGGGUCCCGGUUUGGGAAUCCACCCAUCUGGGGGCCUCUUCUGCUUUCUCGGGGAUUUUCAUCUAGGAUUUUAAGGGAAGGGGAAGGAUAGGGUGAUGUUUGGAAGGUGAGGAGCUUGAAACCUGUGGCGCUUUCUGCAGUUUGCAGGUUAUCAUUGUCAACUUUUUUUUUUUUUUUUUAAGAGUAAAAAGAAAU